GGAAGAGAGUUCCUGGUGGGGUUUCUACUCUAUCCCCUCACCGCCCCCACCCCAGGUCCUACAUGAAGCCAGCUGGCUCUCUAGGGAAAUCUGCACUGUAAUAUCAGUUUACUUCUUAUUGGCCCUUUGAUAGCAGAUCAGGGGCUUUGUGAUGCUCUUGACCUGAGAUUCCUUUAAAAACCUCAAAUCGGGAAAAAAAAAAAAAAAAAAAAUAGUAUAUAUUCUCCUCCUGUCGACUUCUCUCUGUGAGUGAAAGGGCACUGAGCAAGGGGUCGGUUUGGGAAACAAUGGCCUUGACCACUGAGUAGUGUUUAGUCCUGAAUGUGCAGGGGGUGUUUCUAAAGCUUAAAGUCAUUCUGGGGCCGGUUGUUUCUGGUUGGGCAGGCAGCAGCCUCGCAGCCCAGAAGGAGUGAGGGGAAGGGGUGGGGCUGUGCCAGAAGCAGGGGGCGCAGGACUCCUCUGCUCACCCCCUACAUCAGUGAGACCCGCACUUCGCCCCACGUGUACAUCUCCAUCCCAUUCCGGGGGAGGUGGGGCUAUGGGGGCGGCGGGAACGGGGCGGAGGGCUGCCAGCUCCGGCAGGCCCCAGCUGCCAGCCAGCCCAAGGGGAGCCCGCCCCCUAGGGGAGGGCGUAGCAAGUGCAGGCUCCUCGGUGCCCCUGCCCCGGCCCCGCCCAGGCACCUGGAGCAGGCAGGUGAGGCCGCUGCCGGGGUCCCCCGGAACCGAAGGGGACUCUUUGGGGGUCCUCGGGGACAAUCACAGGAAGCGAUCCUCCGGAAGAAGCUGGACAGGAGGACUUCUUGGACAAACCUGGGGGUUCUUUCUGGAGGUGGGGUCGCAGAGACACCUACCGUUUUCUACCAGGAUUCAGGAGGGCGGGGCGAGGAGGAAAUGGACUAGGUGACCACGUCCGACGACCUUGUAGUCGGGAGUGGGGGUGGGGUGGGAACGCGGACGUGGAGACCAAGUUUCAGGGCAGCCAGAUUCAGCUCCGGAAGUAGCCAAAGCCGGCCCCGAUACCGACAAUACAGGAUUUCGAGGGGGGGGCGGUGCCCGAGGCGUUACCACCCGCCCCCAGUCCUUGGCCCCCGCUGCACAGGCAGAACCGUGCUCUGGCUGGGCCCUCCCGGCCGCCAUCCCACGGCCACCGGAUCCCUGAGCACCCCCUCCGUUCUCCCUUUGAUCCUGCAGGGACACCCCCGCCCCAGGUGUCCAGCGGAGCUUGCGGCGCUCCGGCCCCUAGGGAUCGAUCGGCUGGCUGGCGACGCGCCGCCGCGGCUCCGGAACCACCGCCCCAUCCCCCACCCCGGCUACGCAGGACGCGGCCUCGGAGCAGCGUCCUGGCGGUUGCGGGCCGCGGCCGGACCCGGCUCCAGGCCAGCCGCGAAGGCGGAGACCGACCGGCUCCUUCCGAUCGCUCCGGCCUCGCCACUCCUGGGUUGGCUGGGACGAUGAGGGGGAGGAGAGCGAGCCCAGCUUCCCCGGCCGCGGCGCUCGGCACCCCACCCCCGCUCCUCCUCCGUCGCCAACUACCCACUCCUGCGCGCGCUUAACCCUCAGCGCGCCGCGAGGCAGGGACGGGGGCGCGCACUGGGCUGGGGGGAGGGUGGGGUAGCAGUUAUGCUUCGGCUGACUACUACUUCGGGGUGCGCCUGGAGAUUUUAAUUUUAUUCCGGGGUUUGCUGCAGCAGCUCUUGGUUGGAAAAAGGAAAGAAAGAAAUCUGCCUUGUGUGUGGGCCCCGCAGGGUUUGGGGGGCGCAACGGAAGCACCCGAGAGCAAAACGCAGGGGCGAGUGUAAGUGGGGAGAACCUCGUAGGCACAGGACACCUGCGGGGAGUCCUUGGGCAAACGAACCCCAAAUGAAGAACACACAGUGCGCAGAGGCCGUUGUGUGUGCGCGGCGGCGGCGGCAGGCGGUGGAAGCGACACCAAAGAUCAUAUUUGAAAUAUGGAUCCUGGGGGCGCCUAUCUCCAGGCGGGCGGGAGCCCUGCGACGGAGCUUGGGACCGUGGCUGAGUGGGCUUCUCCUAGCGAACCUGGGAAGCUGCCCUGACGUUGGGAGGGGGUGGACCAGCCGGCGUCGUAGAAAACGACGCGUCCCGCUUCGCCGCCGGCGACCCCGGCGUACCGCAAUGCGGAGGCGCGGCCCUACGGCGGUCAAUGUGGCCCCAAGGCUUGCCCCAAGGGGCCACGACCUUGCAGCGCGUCAGAUCCGUUCCCCGACCGAUCACCCUGCCUGGCCUUCCCACCUGGAACCCCAGCUCCAGCUCCAAGCGGCUCUCUGCAGACGGACGCGGGGGCGUCAGGGGCUUCACCACCAAAAUGAAAGCCGACCCUUGGCGGGCCGUGCGACAAUGAGCAGAAACAUGGGUGUGGGGCCUCAGAGGGCGGAGGGGCGCCCUUAGGGACAAAAUCAUCAUCCCUCGGAGAAGGUGCACGGGGCAGCCUUCCGGCUCCCACACAGCCUCCCUGGUCUCCUCACCGCCGUCAAUAACAACACCCCCCCACACACACAUACACAGUCCCACCAGGCCAGCUCCCCCAAAGCCAGCGCUAAAAUGCAAAAUUACAUAUGCCAGAGCUGAAGUCAAAGACAAGUUCCCCUACUAAGAACAUAAGAGAGAAAUGAACUCUAGUCAAUGCCUGGGCAGAUUUUGUAGACGUUGCUAGUAAAUUCUCCCUCAGCUACUCAAAAUCCACGUCGGGAGGCCUAAAAAGUCACACUAACUAGAGGGCUUUCUUAGUGGGGGACUAGCUGGGGAAGUCACAGGCGGCCCCUUCCGGGCAGAGCCCAGACCUGGGCUCCGUGGGCGGGUAGUGGCAUCUCCUGGCAGAGAGCAUCCAUUCAGAGAGUUUCUUUAAGAAGUCGUUUGUUUCCCUGAGUUGACAUGGGUCAGGCCCCUUGGGGAUCCGAAUUGUCAGUGACCACCCUCGGGUCCAAGGCCGUUAAAAUUUUCCAGGCUGCUCCAGGGUCUGCUCUUCCGGACCUCUGCCCUCGGGCGGGAGCCUGAGCUCCUCAAGAAAGCACCGCUCCUCUCUUGGGGCCCUUGAGGGCCCCUAGGGGCCCCAGCCCAAGGUGGCACCCAGAGGACUUCUGCCCUUCAGGGGAACCAAGCCUAUUCACAGCCCGGAGGACCUGAGCUUCGCCCCACACCCGCCUGUAGAUAAGCGGUGGUCUAGGGCCGGUCUGCGAGACAAGGCUCCGGCUCGGGGAGUCGGCCUCUCUCCACGUUGGCCCACCCACCGCCAGGACGAAAGAAACAACCACGCGAGUUCCCCGGUUCGGCUUGUGUAUUUCGGUCACUUUCCAAGCCGGGAGCGGGGGCGGCCGGGGACUCCCGGGGCUUCCGAGGAGCUUCUGGGCGUCCCCUCCCGAAGUGUUGGGGAGACUGCGGCUACUCGCAUGGUCACACCGGCAGCUCCAGAAAAGACCCGCCGUGUUGGCCGGUGGGAGCCACCCAUCCUCCCUAGCUCGGCAGCAGAGCCAGCUCGGCUCCUGCGCAAAUUCGCCGUCGGGGCACCGGGUGCCAUCGCGUGGCCCCCGAGAUCCCGAGCGGGGGCCCCGGAGGGGCGCGGGCAGAGCGAGCUGAGCCGUUGCCCGCGGAGUCCGACGCCCCUGGCGGCGCGGAGGCUGUAGCGGCCGCUCGCCCUCCCUCGGCGCCCCCCUGCCCGGGACGCCUCGGAAACACCCAUUGGAAAAAAUUUUCGGGGGGUUUUCUAGCGAGGGGGCGGGCGGAGUGUCGGGAAGCUCAGACCCUCCCUGGACGAAGGGACUGUCCUGGACGAGGUCGCUCCAGAUCUCCCGACAGACUGACAUUGCCGACGGCGUGGCAGUUUGGUAGGCUCAGUUCGGAAGAGUGACUGUCGCGAUGACAGCGCUUCCUCCUCCAACUUCAGGGACCCUUCCCCUUCUACGGUCAAGUUGUCCCACACGAGAGCUCCGCGUCCUGGACACGAGGGUCAGGAAAAAGCUCAAAACACAACAGGAGGAGAAAAACCUUUUCCUACGUCCCCCUCCCAGCUUCUAUAAACCCGGAGAGCCCCCUUUCCCCAGGACUACCGGAAGGCUUCGCCCCCACCCAGGCAGGCGCGCCCGCCAACACCUUCUCGGGGAAAUCUUGUGUUUGUGCCUCAAGCUUGUAAGAGGGCAGUCGCUGCAGACCGAGCCCCUCUCUGGGGCAGCCAGAAAGGGAUCCCCGCGCCCCACCCCCCACCCCUCCAGGCUUGGGCAGCGGUCGCCAAGACAGCAGAAGCCGCCCAGCCACGGGAGCUGCGAGGUGGUGGUGAAAUGGUGGAGUCUAUGUGUGCGUCCUGAAACACCAGACCAUUUCCAGGCUUCUUCUGGAUUCCUGGGAGAAAAGGAGCCCAAAGCAGGCUUUGGGGGGUUCGCUUCCGCACCUCGCCCCUCCCCCCGCCCGCUCGAGCCCCGGCGCAGUCCCCACCCAGCAUUCCGGGACUUGUGUCAGGGCGGGAGCGGAGACCCGGAUGGCUCUUUGCCCGCCCCCCUCGCUCGUUCCACUCUCGCUCGGCUUUUGCUCCUUUCCUUUCUUCCACGGACGCUCAGCCAAGAGAUUGCGCAAGCUUCCUGCUGCCGGUCCUUCAAGGGCCCGGAGCCUGGGGCCCGGACACACCCCCGUGUGCGCGCACCCCUGCCCCUGUCACUCGGGUCGCUCUGCCCCCUCCUAAGGUACCCCCCUUCUCACUCCGACCCCACAGAGCUUGCGGCCCCGCGGGCGGCGCCCUCGGGAGGCCGCGUGGGGCGCAGCAGCUCCCCCAGCCGGACGCCGAAGCUGCACGCCGGAACGCGCCGUCUCGCCGCCGGAGGUGCUAAACUUCACACUCGUUGGCUACUCCGGCCGGGUCGGGAGGGCCUCGGCUCGGCCGCGGCUGCCGGCCGGGGACCAGGGAGCGCGAAUUCGUAACCAGCGCUUGGCUCUUCGGCCAUUCCAUUCUCCUCCCUUUCGUGCGGCCCCGCUGUGUCCUGUUCAGUUUCAACCCUUUCUUGGCCUUCCCUGCCUUCUCUUUUCGAAGCCCCUCCCGGGACCCCACCAAGUCCUCUCGGGCCCCCAAAUAGACCUGGACAUCCUCUUCGUCCCCUCUUUGUCCUCCCUGCCUCACGCCGUGUUGGCCGCGGGGUGAGGGUGGAGGGUUGCUGCUGGAAAGUGGACCUCCCACCCUCGCCCCGCCAAAGACAGUACUGAGGGUAAAUUAGGAGCCCAGCAGGAUUGGGGAGGGAUCGAGAACACUUUGGUAGGGUUCCUGAGCUCUAGGGCUCCAGGCUGGCUGCUCCUCUAUCCCCUUUCUCCUCUCGGCGCUCUUCUCCCUGGCGAUCCUUUGCACCCAGUCCUUUCUCUCCUCCCUAUUCUUUCUCUUCCAUUCCUCGCCUUCCUAAAUGCCCUCAGCCUCGUGGGGCGGGGCCAGGCGGGGCGGCGGGACCCGGGGGCGGGGGUGGGGGGGGAAUCCUCGAGCUGCCCCGACUCCGAUUCCGCCCCCUGCCGGCGACCCCCUGGGAGUCUGCACAUGACGCAAUUCGGUGCAAAUGGAAACUGCAGUGGAUGCUCCCGUGGCCCCCGGCAGGGGUCCCCGGGCAGUGCACGCUGAGAAUGAGAGGCGAAGGGGGCAGGCCAAAGCGCUAGGCCGCAGGCGAGGGGUCGCAGCCAGACCCUCGCGGCCCCGCCAGGCUCUUCACCCCCGCCUCGGCCCCCCGCCGACACACCUCUCUCCGGCCCGGUCCCGUUCCCUCCCUCCAGCGUCCCUCUCCCAGGCUCUACGAUCCCUCCCCCUGCACCUCCCCGACGCCCUCCUCCUCCUGGCCCCCUCCCGCGCCCUUCCUCCUCCCCCCCGCCCCCCCGCCCCGCCCGCCGCCCAGGCCCCGGGCCUCCGGUAGGCCGGGCUGCGCCAAUCCCGGCCGCGUCCCGCCCCCUGACGCCGAGCAGGGCCCAGCGAGGCCCCGCCCGCUGACGUCCGGAUUUGCAUGAGUUCUUGUGCAGCCGCGGCCCGGGCUCAGUUGUCUCAGCGAGCGCGAGCCGGGAGCCGGGG